GAAUCCUGACCGGGUUUUUUACGACACAUUCACCGACUCCUCCAUGUGGGCGUGACCGACCGACCGACCGGCUUGCUUCCAUAACAGCUCCUAAACGCAACCACCUAAACCAGCCAGAUCAGUCAUGUGCAAGUCAUCCUGACUACACUGUUUUAUACCGGUAGCGUGUCGGAGGCUGUGCUGCUAUUAAUCACUCAAAGCCAGCAGUUUACGGUAGCAGUUGGUGUCGUAGUGAACGUCGUCAUUUAACAACACUGAUUAGCUUUAACUUGUUAGCUCGCUACGGAGAGAGAAACCACAUGGAUCCUCAAAACACCAACACCAACAGUGAGGCGAAGAUGUUGUUGAGCCACGCUAAGACUCUCAGGCUGCACACCGGGAACUUAGUCAACCGGAGCCGGCUGAAAAAGAAAUGCCCCGUUUCUCCCAGCGAAGAGCUUCAAGACUGCAUUCAAGCCACACUAAGUGAUUGGUCUUCUGCAACAAAACCGCAAUCCAAGGACUUCCCAGACACUCUGGAUUGCUCCAUUCCUCAGGCAACAGAUGCCAUUACGCCUGAAGAGAGGGAGGAACUAAGGGUUUCAGUCAAACUGUUCCUGUGUGAGUCGGUUCAGUCCUCCAUCAGAGAUGCAGUGGAGAUGGUCUGCCAGACGCUGGCAGUCUCCCAGCUCGACUCUGUUAUCAUAGCACCACCUUGGCCCCUGGAGGGGGACACCCAGAGUUUGGCUUACCUUCAGCCAGCUUGGGAAGAGCUGGAGGCUCUGGUCAGGAGCCAGCGGAUUGCAGCCAUCGGCACCUCUGACCUGGACAAAGACCUGCUGGAGCAGCUCUACAACUGGGCUCAAGUGAAGCCCAGCAGUAACCAGGUCAACCUGGCCUCCUGCUGUGUGAUGCCUCCUGACCUGACAGCCUUCGCGAAGGAGUUUGACAUCCAGCUGCUCACACACAACGAUCCCAAAGAGCUGAUGUCAGCAGCCACAUUCCAGGAGGCGGUGCAGGAGGGAACGCAGGACCUGAACAUCGCAGACUGGAGGCUGGAGUGGGUGCUGCGCUACUCUAUCAUUGUUAAGAGCAGGGGCAUUAUCAAGGCCAAGGGCUACCUCGUCAGUGCGAGGAAGGCGAGCCCCUAGCGCACACCUCACCAGAGAAGAAGACACAUGGAUGAAGCCAUUUCCUCCUUUUUUCAUUGACACACACACACAACAUGCAAAGUAACAGCUCUGAAUAAUGGACGCUGCCAUUCACCAUGAGUCUUGAAGUCAUCGUUUUAUCUUACAGAUAAGGUUGCAUCUCGAUCAUGUAUCAUUUCUUCAGUUUAACUGAUGCAGGUAUUCGUCACCCUCGUCUCAGUGAGAUCAAAAAUAGGAGAUGAACAUGCAAGAUCAACUCCAGUGUCAGUUUUGAGAGAAUAGACUGUGAAAGUGAGAGUUUCCCAGAUGACCAUUGACCGAUCAGCCAUUUACCAACCAACACAGCAGAGGCUGCUUUAAUGAUGGAAAAUGCCAGUUGCUAAACUUUGAUCCAAGGUGGUGGUUCCUUAACCUUGCUCUGACUUGAAGUGCCUCUUAUCUUUUUCUCCUCCUGUCAUACCUACUUGGUCUCCACUGUGAAUCAAGCUUUAAAUAUAUCAGUCUGAAUGAAAAGAUUACGAGUAGGUAAAGCAAAAAGCAAAGAUAGAGAUUCGUUUUUUUAGAACCAAAUGAUUCCAAGCAUUUUGAAAGGGCAAAAAAAUGAUUUUAUUCAUGCAAUUUGAUUUUUCCUGUUGUAUAGACUCCAUUUGCAUUCCUCAAUUGAGAAAAAAAUGUGCUAAUUCAAAUCAAACUACAUAUGAGAUGUUUAUUUUAUGAUGCUAUUUGACUUUAACUGGUAAAGCAGACAACUACGUGAGUAUAUAUAACUUUAUUUUGUCAUGCAUUUUUUUCUAACAACGCGCCGUUUUUGGUGAUGCAUUGAAAUGUUUACCCCCUCUGUGCUCAUGAGAUUAAUUCGAGGAUUGAGAAUACAGCAAUAUUUGAGAUUGACAUGCAUAGCAGGGUUAUACGUCCUCUAUAUGCAUUGUUGUUAUAGCACUGGAAACUCCAUGCCUAAGGAGUUAUAAGGAUGUUUAAAUUUGUUAACCCUGAACAAGAAUUUUUAAUUUAAGAAUUGUGUUUUUUUUCCCCCAGACAGGAUCCAGUUUAUCUCAUGAAAACAAAUUAUCUGUUGUACUGUAAACAUAUUUUAUGUCGUCAUAUAUCUGUAUAUCAAGAAUUGGCUUUAUUAAAAUUACAAAACUGAUGUUUUCACCGUGAA